GAUCCCUGAACCCUCAGUCCCACUGGUAGGGGGCAUCUGCUUCCCACCUGCAGUCAGGCAGGCAGUUUGAUGCCAUUAUCAGGCUGGAAACAAGACCCCAUCUCUUGGGCGCCUCCACAAUGCCAGGUGAGGACUCCAUCAGCACGUUGGGCAUGAUCCUUGGAGUGGGACUGUCACUGCUACUCGUGUCCAUCCUUGGGUACAGUUUGGCCAAGUGGUACCAACGUGGGUACUGCUGGGACGGGCCUAAUUUUGUCUUCAACUUGUACCAAAUCCGGAAUUUGAAGGACUUGGAAGUAGGGCCACCCUUCACCAUCAGUGGCCACAUGAGCAGUCCAGAUAGUGGCUACAUGAAGUUCUCCAAUGAAAGAGUCUGAUGGAGAAGCAUCUAUUCUCUGGAGGUCAGGAGAGGUUCAGGCUAAUGUCUCCCAAGCACCUGCUUUGCUCAGUCUUCCAUGACCAUCAUAAUCAUCUCGAUGCUUCUUGAACUGUUUUCACCUGCAUUCAAAUGCUUUUUGGACAUGAAUGGAAAAGUUCUACUCAUUCAUGCAUUCAUUUAGUCA